AUGAGAAAGUAUUUCAACCCGAAAGCAAUAUGUCCAUUGCAGUCGGAUGUCCUCCAUCAACCGCUUUACGAUCUAAUUCACUCGGAGGAUCGCGAUGACAUAAGGCAACAGCUCAACCUUACCUAUUCGUUGCCACCUGGCAGUACGAACCCGCAGGAUCUUUACGAUCAGGAAAAUGCCCAGCACCUUGAGCGAAAUGUAAAUGCAAGAUUUCGAUGUUUGCUCGACAACACUUGCGGGUUCUUGCGGAUAGACAUGCGAGGAAAAUUGCUAUCUUUGCAUGGACUACCCUCUUCCUAUGUUUUGGGUAGAAGCAAUCCGGGUCCUGUCGUCGGUCUAAUCACUGUUUGCACACCUUUCGUUCCGCCGUCUACUGCAGAUGUUCUAGCCGAAGACCAAAUCUUGAAGACCAAGCACCAACUCGAUGGAACCCUAGUUUCAAUGGAUGAUAAAGUCCAUGCCAUGCUGGAAUUGAAUGAGAACGAACUGCCAAAAUCAUUCUACAGCUUGGUUCAUGUAGAGGACGCAAUAUGUUUGGCUGAAGCUCAUAAAGAAGUGAUCAAAAAUGGCUCAUCGGGACUACUAAUUUACCGUCUGAUUAGCACAAAAACGCAUCGAACCUACUAUGUACAAAGCAGUUGUCGGAUGUUUUACAAAAAUGGAAAACCAGAAUCUAUUGGUCUAACACAUCGCCUUUUGAACGAAGUCGAGGGCUCAAUGUUGCUGGAAAAACGUUCGUCAUUGAAAGCUAAGCUGCUUUCUUUCGAUGACUCUUUCCUGCAGUCACCGAGAAAUCUUCAGUCAACGGCAGCACUUCCUCUACCUUCCGCAAGAGAUGAUACCGAUGGUGAAAGGUAA